CAUCAGCUUCUGUGACGUCAUCGGAGUUACCUAGGGAAGAAAGGAAGUGGCGUAGCUCCGGCAAAUGGAGUGGGAGAGAAGUAGGAGCUCUGAGGAAUAAUAUCAGUGCGUCGCCUCUGUGCACAAAUGUCGGAAAAUCUCUACGAGAAGUUCCUGGCACCCGAGGAUCCAUUUCCAUUGCUGGCCCAGCGAGGGAAUCUCAGCGAAGUUGCCACCUUGGAUGGCAGCGACUUCGGCUGCCAGCUGUCCUCCUGCCACAGAACGGACCCUCUCCAUCGGUUCCACAGCAACAGAUGGAACCUCACGUCUUGUGGAACAAGUGUGGCAAGCUCCGAGUGCAGUGAGGAACUUUUCUCCUCCGUCUCGGUUGGGGAUCAAGAUGAUUGCUAUUCCCUCCUGGACGACCAGGAGUUCACUUCGUUCGACUUGUUCCCAGAAGGCAGUGUCUGCAGCGAUGUUUCUUCCUCUAUCAGUACCUACUGGGACUGGUCAGAUAGUGAGUUCGAAUGGCAGCUGCCAGGAAGUGACAUAGCAAGUGGAAGUGAUGUACUCUCUGACAUCAUACCCAGCAUUCCCAGUUCUCCUUGCCUUGUCCCAAAGAGAAAAAGCAAACCACACCGCAAUCUGGAUGAGCUAGCCUGGAGUGCAAUGACAAAUGAUGAGCAGGUGGAAUAUAUUGAAUACUUGAGUCGAAAGGUCAGCACUGAGAUGGGACUAAGGGAACAACUUGACAUUAUAAAGAUCAUCGAUCCGUGCGCACAGAUAUCCCCCACUGACAGCGAGUUCAUUAUUGAACUGAACUGCCUGACAGAUGAGAAACUAAAGCAGGUGAGGAAUUACAUAAAGGAUCACAGCUCCCGGCUGCGUCCGAGCAGCACCAGGGAUAGCUGGAAGAGAAGUAGCUACGGCAGUGCCAGCACCAGUGGGGUGAGUGGUGCCAGCAGCAGCAAUGCCAGCAUGGUUAGCACUGCCAGUAGCAGCAAUGGCUCUGUGGGCUCCAGCUGCAGUGCUGCCAACAUGAGCCGGGCACACAGUGACAGCAGCCUCUCCGCCAGCGCUGCCGAGCGGAUCCGCGAUUCUAAGAAGCGAUCUAAGCAGCGAAAGCUGCAGCAGAAGGCCCUGCGCAAGAGGCAGCUGAAGGAGCAAAGGCAGGCUCGCAAGGAAAGGCUGAGUGGACUGUUCCUCAACGAGGAGGUGCUCUCCCUCAAAGUGACGGAGGAGGACAACGAGGGCGACGUCGACAUCUUGAUGUGACGAGAGUGAAUCCCUCAGUGUUCCUUCUAAGCCUUGGACUACGAUGUGUGCCCCCUCUCCUUUCUCUUCUGGCAAAUACUUCUGGGAUGUUUGCUUUUGCCCAUCGUACUUUUUUUUUUUCCCCGUAAGAAUUUCAAAUGCCGGCAUUCUCACUCCUAGUACAACAGACAAGACUGUUGGCAGAAUAGCUUAAGCCAUAAAUGUCACGCUUGAUAACCUGUUAUUUUCUAAUGCCACAUUCCCUCCCCCUCCUCUCUGUCCAGUCUUUAUGUAGCACCUUACCUUGAUGGAGUAAAUAAGGCACUUAUCUGCUAGUUAAGACUUAAAAGCUUUUACUUGCUUUAAAAACAAUGCACAUAGUCCUGGGGAGGCUUCAUAAAAUGUUUCAAAGAUCCAGCAAAAUGUUUAACACUAAAGCAAUUUUUCAGUCUGCACCAGGGGGCAGCAGUAGACCGUGUCCGACCUGAAGAUCUAAAUUCCUCUAAAGCAGAACUGUUAACAGAAAUUUUUACAUUAACGAGAGGGGGUCAAGGUGAACCAGGCAUAGAGGGAACACUGAAACAAGACUUGUGUAUGCUAGGAAUUCAUAGCGGUUUGUGCCGUGAGGGAGCAAGAAAACUUAAAUCAAUUUUAAGUACUGCUGUUAUGAUAUUUCCUACAAAAGCAAAGUUAUAUUUUUGUUUUUCUGAUAGUUUAUUUAAGUUUAAGACAUUUUUUGUUUAAAAUUAGAAUAGAAAUGAAGGGAAUAAAAUACAAGUGUCAAGAUUUCCACCUGAUUUGUUGUAUUAGUGGGACAUUGUGUUUUUCUUUGUAAACUGGUCCAUAUCCUUCUUUCUUAGUUUGCAUGGUGAAUUCUAAGGGUGGGUGGGAGGGUUGAGGUUCAGUCCAUGUUCCUAAUUGUACAGUGUAUUACAGUUUGGGAAGGAGAACAAUAUCGCAUCCUUUAUAUCUGGUCAGAUUUUUUAAAGAUAUCCGAUGGAAGCUUGGGACAAUACAGUUUACUCCCUAUGCAAUUCACUCACGUGGUAUAUCAUAUCCUGUGGACAUAUUUUACUAUUCUGACUUGGAACACUAUGCUUCACAAUGUGUGCUAUAUUAUGUAUAUAUAUGUAUUAUAUAUGUAUUUACUGUAAGGAGCUUGGGAAAUCAAAGAUAAAGGUUUACAUACAGUAA